GUGACUGUGUCAGCAUUUCACGUGGGAACAUCGCCACCACAGAAUGUUUUUAAAUAUAAUUGUACCAUUUUAUCACGUUGUUGAACGUAAUUUGUGAGGAAACAACGAAUUCGACUCAGCAGUAUGUAAUUGAUGUCUUCAUACCAUGGAUUUGUAGAAUGUUUAUUUCCUGCUGCUUUUUAAAGAAAUUAGUCACUAAAUGACACAUCCUGAUGUACGGCGUACAUUGCUGAAAAACAACAACCCCAAAAACCCACACACAUAAAACGACACAAAAAUCCUAAAUAUCGACGACGUUGACUUGAAACAUUUGAUUAGAAAAACAGUUGCAUAAAAGGUUUGGAGACAGACGUGUUGAAUGUCAAGAAUAAUUGUUUACAGGUAUUUGUAAUUCUGGUCUAUAAAUAAAUAGAAAAUGGAGCCCCAUUUUGAUGACCGGCCUUUCACAACCAAGGGCAACAUCAAACAAGACAUGCACACCCACACUGAUGAGAAAACGUUCAGAUGUGUCCACUGUUCAAAGUGUCUGGCAGCCACUGCAAGUUUGAAGAGAGAUACAUGCACAUGUAUGUUGGUCCCUAUCAGCCCCAGACAUCUGGAAUGCAACGAGUGCAAUAAAUGCUUUGAGCAUAUGUCUGACUUCAAGAAACAUCUAGAGACAUCUUCUGAUGUUGAUGAAGAUAAUGCUGGUUUUGUCCGAUGUAAAGUGUGCAGCAAGUCAUUCCCUCGAAGUGACUGUCUAAAACAUCUCAUGUUGAUUCAUUCUGAUGAUAAGACUGUUCAAUGUGACGUUUGUUUUAACUUCAAGAAACACGUAGACACACAUUUCGAUGAUGGUCCUUUAGAGUGCACAGUGUGCAACAAGUCAUUCUCUCGCAGGGAAUGUCUAAAACAUCAUAUGCUGAACCAUUCUGAUGACAGAAGAUUCAGAUGCGAAGUCUGUUCAAAAGAUUUUACAAGGAGCUUUGAUCUGGAGAUGCAUCUGUUGAUUCAUAGCGGUAAAAAGCCUUUCAGAUGUGGAAUGUGUUUAAAGAAAUUUCAAUCCAAGGAAGGCAUUGAACAGCAUAUGCUGAUCCACACUGGCGUGAAAUCUUUCAAAUGUGAAGAGUGUGGGAAAUGUUUUGCAAGAAGUGAUAACUUAAAACAGCAUAUGUUGAGUCAUACUUUCAAAUGUGAAGAGUGUGGGAAAUGUUUUGCAAGAAGUGAUAACUUAAAACAGCAUAUGUUGAGUCAUACUUUCAAAUGUGAAGAGUGUGGGAAAUGUUUCGCAAGAAGUGAUAACUUAAAACAGCAUAUGUUGAGUCAUACAUUCAAAUGUGAAGAGUGUGGGAAAUGUUUUGCAAGAAGAGACAACUUGGAACAGCAUAUGUUGUGUCAUACGGCCGCUGAGAAACAUUUCAAAUGUGGUGUGUGUCACAAAUCUUUUUCAGAGAGUCGGGGUUUGAAAACACAUAUGUUGGAUCAUACAGAUGAACAAGAACCGAAGAAAAAGAGGUUCAAGACUGUGGACGAGUUAGAACUAAAAUCCAUAGUGUUGGACUCCAAAAGCAAAAGUACCUUGAAAACGACUACAUGGGGUGUUAAAAUUUUCAAAGAGUGGCUAGAGUUCAGCGGCGGGUCACAGGAGUUCGAGACCCUCUCUCCGGACAAACUGAAUACAUCCUUAAAGAAAUUCUAUGCUGAGGUGCGAAACACCGAUGGCAGCUUCUAUUCCAAGUCGUCCUAUGUAGGACUCAGGGCAGCAAUCCAGCGACAUCUCCGCCAGCCUCCACGCGAAAGGAGCAUCAACAUUCUUCAAGACAAUGACUUUCACACUGCUAACAAUGUUUUCAUUGCCAUGUUGAAAAAAAUAAAGCAGUUAGGUCUUGCUAAUCCUACACACCAUGAAGCCAUUUCUAAGGAGGAUUUACUUAAAAUCCGCAAACAGCAAAGCGUAGAUGAUCCCACUAAACUGCAGCAAAAAGUCUGGUUUGAUCUUACUCUGGGUUUUGGUCGUAGGGUGUGUGAGAAUCAGCGACAGUUAUCCAGAGGUUCUUUUGCAAUUAACAUUGAUGAUGUUGGUUGUGAGUAUAUUGCAAUGACCCACAGGGAGGCCACUAAAAACCACCCUGGUGGUAUUGGCGACACGGAUAAAAGCAAAACAUUCAUUUAUGCCACUGGUACUCCCUCAUGCCCAGUCUUCUCCUUCCGGAAAUAUGUUUCCAAAUUAAACCCCCAAAACAACACCUUUUUCCAGCAACCUCGAAAGCAGGCCACUGAACGCGAUAAACUCUGGUACACAACCAAAGCUUUAGGACACAACGCGCUGACCACGAUGAUGAAACGGAUCUCAAAAGACUGUCGUCUCAGUAAGGAAUACACUAACCAGUGUGUACGGUCGACCGCUGUGACUCUUCUGUCACAUGCUGGGGUGGAGGCUAGAGAAAUAGUCAAAAUUACUGGCCACAAAAAUGAACAAAGUUUAUCUUCUUGCAAAACCGAAUCGUCCACCGCUCAAAAACGUCACUAUUCGGCUAUUUUACAAAAUGAUGCGCCAAACGUACCUGCACCAGAUUCCUCUUCCGUUUCCAAGUCGACAAAUUUCUACAGUCCUGAUCAGAAAUACGUCCGCCCUGGACGACCUUGCCCUUUUUGCGACUUCUUCAGUCAGAACUCGAAACUUUCCCGCCAUAUCAGUUUGAAGCACGGAGACAUCUUGGAAGUGAAGAAUGCACUGCAGAUGCCUAGAACGGCGAGACUGCAAGCGUUUGAUCAUUUCAAAAAGAGGUCUAUUUUCCUGACAAAUAAGAUGUUGCUUGCGAAUUCUAACAAUGAAAUUCUGAUGACAGAAAAGAAGUCAGGCAGCUCCCAAACGGUGGUGUGCCAGCGGUGCAAGGGAUUUUACGCAAAACGGAGCUUCUACAAGCACAAGAAACGGUGUCGGAGUAAAGCCAUCGUGGACAACACAGCAGUUGAAAGUGGUCCGGUGCCCGUAGAGAUGCUAGCUUCGUGCGAGGAAGACGAAGACUUCACUGUGAAUGUGUUGUCCAAGUUUUAUCAGGAUCCUGUUGGAAAUGUCUGCAAGUCCAACAGCAUGAUCAAAAAGAUCGGCUUGCAUCUCUGGCAGAAGUCGAAAAAGGACCGCGAAAAACGCUCAUUGGUGCGUAAAUCUGUCACGAGAGACAUGCGAAUAUUGGAAUUGCUGUUUCUGGAAUUCCGGAAGCAGACGACACAUGGUGAGGGAGAAGAUGCCACCUUUAGCGACAUGUUCAAGAGGGAGUACUUAGACUAUUUGAAGCAAGCUAUUGAAAGUUUGAUAUACAGCAAACCAAACGGAGGAUUGGUAAAGUCCGCGCUGAUGUAUUUGAUCAACACGGCAGGCCAGAUAAUACAAGCUGAUUUUUUCAUACAGAAUAUGGAUGAAGAGGCCAGUGAAGUGGAUAAAUUUCUAAAAAUCUAUCAUUGUGCCGGGGCGACAAAUAGUGGCAUGGCAGUGAGUGUCGGGGGCGACAAAUGGAAGGGCAGUGAAUGUCGGGGGCGACAUAUGGAAGAGCGCUGGGUGCCAGGGGUGACAAAUGGAAGGGCAGUGGGUGUCGAGGGCAUCAUCAGUGAGACCACGACUGGAUACCCAAUAGCCAAUCUCUUUUUUUUUUUCUCUUUUUUUUUUGAUGUGUUGGGGUGUCCUUAUAUAAACAUUCAUUCAUUCGAUGAUGCCAACAGUUUCAAUUUUGUUAUUACAGGUGUGUUCAUCAUGGUGACUAAAGAUGAGUAUCUGAAAGGCAUCCUGUCCCGAGAUUAUGGAGGUAGAUGUCUUCAUCGCGAAGUUAAUUCAGAAAGGUUUACCUCGAGAUCCCCUCCAGAACUUUCAGCUCCUGCUGACAAAAAAGCUUUCCAGUGUGGAAUGUGCAUGAAACUCUUCUCAGCUAAAUCUCACAUCAAGCGACACAUGGUGGUUCACUCUGGGGAGAAACCUUUUGAAUGUGUUGUGUGUUUGAAAUGUUUUGCUUUGUCUUCGAACUUGAAGCAACAUAUAUUGAUUCAUAAUGUUGAUAACUACUUGAAAUGUGAUGCACCCACAGCAUGUUUUACACCAAGACAGUUUGUGGAAAAUGGUGAAAAAUCAUAUGAAUGUGUUCUGUCUGCAACAUCUGGUAUACAGAAACCACAACAGCUUGUAGAAAAUGGUGAAAAACUGUUUGAUAGCGAUGCAUCCACUAACACAUGCUCCUCAAACAGACAGCCACAGGUUAGAGAAAACAGUGAAAAAUCAUUUGAAUGUGAUAUGUCGUCAACAUCUUUUACAGAAAAAUCUCAGCGGCUUAUGGAAAAUGGUGAAAAGCUGUUUAAAUGCAAUGUGACCACCACCAGCACAUGCUCCUCCUCACAGGCACAGCCACAGUUUGUCAGCACUGACAAAAAACUGUUCGAAUGUAAGGUACUGUCCACAAAAGGUCCUAAACACAAGACCAACCUGACCGAGUACCUGGUGCCCCAAAUGACCAUCAAGCGGUUCCAGUGCGGGGAGUGUCUGAAGACCUUCACUCACAACUCCAGCUUAAAAGAGCACAUGAACCUCCAUACCGGAAAGAAGCCUCACGAAUGCAAGAUAUGCUUGAAAAGUUUCAACCAGUCCGUGAGCUUGAGACAUCACAUGCUGUUUGUUCACACCGGCAACAGCCGGCCUUUCAGAUGUGGCUUGUGUGGGCAGUCGUUCAUGGUCAGUUCAAAACUGAACCAGCACAUGCUGCUGCACUCUCCCGAUAACCCCUACAAGUGCGCGGUAUGCGGGAGAUAUUUUUCUUUUGACCAUCAGUUUAAGAAUCAUAUAUUGAUUCACACCAGCGAGAAACCUUACACCUGUGAGGUGUGCGCAAAAGUUUUUAAUCGGUCUGAGUACCUGAAACAACACAUGCUGGUGCACACCGGCGAGAAACCUUACAAGUGUGAUCUGUGCGGAAGACGGUUUACACAGCGGGGUGGAUUAAAAUUUCACAGGACAACACGUGCGUGUGAAAAAACAUUUGAAUGUCGUGUAUGUAAGGAACAAUACAAAGACAAACAUUCCUUGACAGAACACAUGUCGAGUCAUUCGGGAGAAAUCGAUUUUGAAAAACCAUUCCAAUGUGAGGUGUGUGAAAAACGUUUCAGUCGACCUGGGUAUCUGAAGAAGCACACAAUGAUUCAUUCCGGUGAGAAACCCUACAAGUGUGAGGUUUGUGGGAAAUAUUUUGCACGGAAAGGUGGAUUAAAAUUCCACAGGACAACUCAUACGCGUGAAAAAACGUUGGAAUGCCAUCAUUGCAAGAAUCUAUAUAAAACCAAAUAUUCUUUGAAGGAUCACCUGUUGACUCACAUGAGAGACAAGGAUUUUGAAAAUCCCUACAAGUGUGCUGUGUGUGCUAAAGAUUUUACCAGUCCCAAGUACCUGAAACUCCAUAUGAUGCUUCAUACUGGUGAGAAACCCUACAAAUGUGGUGAGUGUGGAAGAGAGUUUGUACAGAGCAGUUCGUUAAAGAGACAUAUGGCAACUCACACGGGUGAAAAUGUAUUUAAAUGCCAUGAAUGCGAGAAACAAUAUAAAGACAGAUAUUCCUUGAGGGAUCACCUAAUAAUUCAUGUCAGAGAAAGGAAUUUGAAAAUACUUUCAAGUGUGCAGCCAGUGAAUUUACAAAAUCUUUCAGUUGUGCAGCAUGUAAGUGCGAAAGGUUUUCAAUUGAUUUCAACUAAUGAAGCAACAUAUUCAAACUUCACAUGACAAUUCAAACGCCAUGUAUUUAUGUAAGACACAAUAUAAAUACAAAUUUAUAUUCCUUGAACAAACGUGUUGAUUCGUUCAGGAGAAGGAGAUUUCAAAUGUGAUGUAAAUGUAUAUGUGUGCAAAGUCUUUCAUCAGCAGUGCCAAUUUAAAAGUACAAACAUGUAUUGUUAUUCAUUCAUCCAGUAGUUAAGCAGUAGCAGACGGUCGUUAUUUUCUUGAAAGCACAUGUGUAAAGGUGUGUUGAGCUGUGCUGUGUUGUGUUGAGCCUGUCAAAUGUUCCCGUUGAAAGACUUGCACGUUUACUGGUGAAUAAGCAUAACUGAAUUAUCUGUCGAUCCAUCACAGGUUGUCAGAUACCCUUCUAGAAGUCUGUUUAGCAUCACAGAAACAUCUUUUGAUCAUCACAGGUUGUCAGAUACCCUUCUAGAAGUCUGUUCAGCAUCACAGAAACAUCUUUUGAUCAUCACAGGUUGUCAGAUACCCUUCUAGAAGACUGUUCAGCAUCACAGAAACAUCUUUUGAUCAUCACAGGUUGUCAGAUAUCCUAGAAGACUGUUCAGCAUCACAGAAACAUCUUUUGAUCAUCACAGGUUGUCAGAUACCCUUCUAGAAGUCUGUUCAGCAUCACAGAAACAUCUUUUGAUCAUCACAGGUUGUCAGAUGCCCUUCUAGAAGUCUGUUCAGCAUCACAGAAACAUCUUUUGAUCAUCACAGGUUAUCAGAUGUCCUUCUAGAAGUCUUUUCAGCAUCACAGAAACAUCUUUUGAUCAUCACAGGUUGUCAGAUGUCCUUCUAGAAGUCUGUUCAGCAUCACAGAAACAUCUUUUGAUCAUCACAGGUCAUCGGAUACCCUUCUAGAAGUCUGUUCAGCAUCACAGAAACAUCUUUUGAUCAUCACAGGUUGUCAGAUAUCCUUUUAGAAGACUGUUCAGCAUCCUUUGAUCCAUCACAGCCACCUGGAAUCUUCACUGAACUUAAACCAAGUGCUUUGAUACUAGUGAAACACAGCGUGAAUUCAGAAACAACGUCUGUUGGACCAUCACAUGCAGCCUCACUCCUGGAAGACUGCACUGACAACACAAUGGUUUGAUACUCUGGUGAAAAAAGUUUUAAAGUAAUUUGCAUAUAUAUACAUACAUAUACAUAUUGUAGGUCAGGCUUGUUCUCAAAAUGUUAAUCUUAAAUAUUGAUUAUAGCAGGGUUAGCUCUUGGUCAGCAGACAAUUUCACCAAAUUGUCUAAAAAAAAAAAAAAUAUUGCAAAACCCCAAAAUUAUUUUCCAACAAACUUUCAUUUAGUUCACCAAUAAUUGGCAAUAAUUAUUUUUGAAACUCACAAUUAGUGAAUUUGGCAAGUGCCAGAGUUAGCCCUGUAAAUUGCUCUAUAGUGACGGUUGUUAAGGCCAUAAUGAAACAAAUGCUAGAUUUCCAUCCAAGUUUGUUUUUUUAAAAGCGGGUUGGAGGGCAAAGUUUUAAUUUUAUUUAAUAUUUUCAGGACAUUGUAAAUUGUACUGCACAUUGAGCAGAAAACAUGUGGUGAUGUGUCUUUGUCCUUGGAAUUGGUGGGAAUGAAAAUCUAGAAUUUAUUAUAUUAUGGUGACAUGCAGGCCUUUGAGUUUGAAAAUUGAUUAGCAUACACAUACAUGUACUAUGUUUUAGAAUUGUGCAGCCAUCUGUUAAAACUUGAGUAUUUGGUGAAUAGUAACAUGAUAUUGAUAUUGAACAAAAUGUUCCCUAUAUAUAGAUGUGAUUUUCAUAUUUUUAUCUGAUUUAACUUAAUUAAGCUCUCUUUUCCUUUCUUUUUUUCAUUCUUUCUUCUUUUUUUUUGUCUUCUGUUUUUUGGGCAUCAAAUAAUUUUCACAAUGAACAUGUAGACUGGAUUUUAUUGUCAGGACAAAUGGACAAGUGCUCAUUUCGAACGCUGUAUUGUGUGUGUGUAUUAUAUAUAUUUGCAACCCCUGUAAUUAAGAAUAUUUAAUGUCUAUAGGGCAAAAAACCAAACAUGCCAUGGAAAUAAAAGUUGAAU